AAUUUGUGUUCAAAAGUGAAGACUACAGACAAUCCUAUCGUUUGCAAUGCAUUUCAAUACAACUCUUUAAUAGUGAUCCACACAUGUCUUCAUCUGAUAAUAACCUACCGCGAGGUCUGGUCACCCGAUCGGGUGGCACGAAACGGCUACCAGCGCUCAGACCCAAAGCUGGUGAAUCUCUACCGUCGGUAAUGCAAUUAAAUGGUGCCGCAGACCGAACCAAAAAUGGUACCGUCAAGAGAGUCUUUAAACCAACUAUUCCUCAAAGACGUCAGACCACAAACACCGAUGAUGGCCAAAGACAAACUAAUGAUAAUCAUAGUAAUCAUAAGUAUGACCAUCGGGUCAAACGAGAGAAACCAAUUUCAAAGAAACGACUGACAAAUCUCAUCCAAUGCGACGGUGCAGUCUUCAGGGGUGAAGAGACAGCUAGUGUUAGAAUCAUUAGACCUAAAGGUGGGGAGUCUUAUGCAAGAAACCAGUCAACACAUGAAAGUAGUACUCGCGUGAAGAGUGAAAUAAAAACUGAACCGAGAGAUGAAUUGGAUGAAAGAUUAGGCGAAACUAAAUUAGACAACAAAGCGAAGGUUAUAUGUAAGCUCUACGGCGACAACUUUAUUGAUGACACAGACGAUCGGUUCUCAAACAAAGACUUGAUUUAUCCGAAAGGCUGGCACAAUGUGUCAACACAUCGUCAGUCACCUCAACCUUCAAAAAGUGAACCGUUAAAUUCUUACAAUUUAUUGAAAACUAACGGAUCUCAUGAUAAACUAUUAUUAAUGCAAAUAUCGGAAGAGUUUCUGAAAAAAGGUAGCGGUUAUGUCGGAAAAUUAAGAGUCUAUAAGAGUGGACGCAUUGAAUUAGUCGAUUCUUCCUCUGACAUGAAAUUCGACAUUUUAUUUGAUCAAAAAUCGAUAACAGAUCCCAAUAUAAAAGAUGAAAAAACUGAUUCAAAAGUUGGCUCAAAACGAACUAAUAAUUGUUUCGCCGAAGUUAUCACCGAAGAUAUUGUCUCUUUUGAUGGUAAAGAGUUAUCCACAUUGACUACUCUGGACCACAAACAGGUUCUUCUAGCUGUACCUCAUAUGCUUCAAUCGGAAGAUCUUUGAUUAUAACAUAAUCUUAAUUAAACUUUCAUUGAAUUAAUUAAAUUAUUUUUGUUAUACAU